UGUGAUCCUAAAUUUGGUAGUAGUGCUCGUGACAAGUGGUAUUUUAAUCACAACAGUUUUAAAAAUUGUCUGUGUUAAUUACAGCCCUUUGUAACAUGAGUAUACCGUUAUUUCCUAAAUUAAAACCAAAGUUAAUUGAUCCGCUGUGGUUUGACGUGGAUCAGCCUUGCGAUGACGAAGAAGAAGUGUCACAACUAGAAGCACAACACCAAGCUUGGCUACAAUCUAUAUCACAACGCGAUAGUGAUUUAGCACCUAUUGGCAAAGCCGUUUGUGAGAAUUUGGACGAGGACGAUGAUGAAGAGGAUGAAGACGAUAACGAUGAUGACGACGAAUCAGAAAGCCAUGAUGAAGAAGAAGAGGAUGAAAUUGAAAUGGACAUUUCACAAGAAAGGAAUUCACCAGUAGACGUAAUAAACCCUAAUGCAACGGUGUAAUUUAUUAAGAUAUUUGUCUAGUUUGUAGUAUUAUAUCUGUAUAUAAUUGACUUGAAGUAAUUAUAACAUUAUUUAUACUGA